AUGCCGUCAGCUUCGUCCGCCUCGAAGCGCUUUGAGCUUCCCCAACUCAACUUUAACUUCGCCUCGCUGACCGAAGGCACCAACAUUCCGCCGCCUCCCGACAGCCCUGUCAAGGAGGUGCCCACGCCACCCCAGACGCCGCCUGUCGAUGCCAAGCAGGGCGAGAGCAAGCAGAUCAAGCCCAUCGACACUGCCGCUGCCGCUGCCUCGCCUGCCACAACUGCCACUGCCGGUACGAAACGACCAGCUGAUGAGUCGCCUCUCUCUCCGGCCCCUUCGAGCCGAGCGGGAAGCAUCCGCCGGCUCUUCAGCCGCAAUUUACUGAACAAUGCGUAUGCAGAAGGCGAGACCCAAUCGAACGGAAACGCACACGGUAAUGGCCACGCCACCGCGGUGCCGGCCCGGCCCAUGAGCCGCAGCAACGGCAGCAUCUUUGACGAGAAGAAGGCCAAGCGCGGCAGUGGAUUCUUCCGGCGAUUGAGGACCAGCGAGUCCCCCGUCACCGUGAAACGAUCUCCGUCCGUCUAUGAGCAGCCCAACAACAGCCAGAGCCGGCCCGAGAUUCGCGGACCUCCGCCACCCAUGAUCCCUGAGCUCAGCGCUCUCGAAUCAAAGGUCGACGUGAACGAUGGCGGAAGCCUCGGGUCCGACCUCUUCAAGAACAUCAAGUAG